AUGUCAGUGAGAAUGGCUGCUCCUCUUACUCUGGUGCUUCUGCUCAUGAUACACAGAGUUUAUGGUCAGUCUGGUUAUAGUGUGAGUUACGGCUCUUCACACAUCUGUGCACUAAAGGGCUCUACAGUGACAAUGAGUUGCACUUAUAGAUAUCCUUAUGGAAGUUAUGUCAUGAUGGCAUUCUGGACCAAAGACCUUAUAGAGGGUGAAGAGCCUACAGAUCUGUCUGUGGACCCUGAAUACAGUCAGAGGCUUCAGUAUCUGGGAGAUAAACAGCAGAACUGCACCGUCAGACUGAGUCAUGUGACAGAGAAAGACGAACAUGAGUAUUAUUUCAAAUUCAUAACUUAUACAGAUAGCAAAUGGGUUGGUAAACCAGGAGUGCGUCUCUCUGUCACAGAUCUUCAGCUGGAGUCUCCUGAGAGAGUGACAGAGGGAGUUUCAGUCCGUCUGACAUGUAAAAGCAGCUGUAAUCUGACUGACACACCAACAUUCAUCUGGUACAGAAACUCACAGCCGUUGACUGAAAGGGAUUUUCAAAAUGAUCGUGUCUACAGUUUAAUAAGUAGAGGAGAUGCAGGCUACUAUAGCUGUGGUGUGCAGGGACAUGAUUACAUCUCUCCUGCUGUUUAUCUUGAUGUCAGAUAUGCUCCAGAUACUCCUGUAAUCUCCGUCAGUGGAUCUGCUGUAAUAAUGGAGGGAGAUUCGGUGACUCUGACCUGCAGCAGUGACUCAAACCCUCCUGCUGAAAUCAGCUGGUAUAAAGGAACACAACAUAUCGGAUUUAGAAGCAUAUUCAGCAUCUCAAAGAUUAGCUUUAAUGACAGCGGAGAAUACAAGUGUAGAGCCAGAAAUGAACACGGAGAUGAAUACUCUGAUCCUGUGACUUUAGAUGUUCAGUUUCAACAAGGCUCUGGGAGAAAAAGGACUGUGAUCACAGUGGUGUCUGGAGUAUUCAUCAUCAUGCUACUAUUUGUAAUUCGACUGAAAUGGAUGAACAGAAUAUUUCCAGUAAACGAUUAUGAGGUGAAAUGAUUAAAGAACCAC